CAGACGCGUUCAUGGCCGGCCGAAUAUUGUCAACAUUGCAAGCGACCGUCGCAGCAACAUUCCGAGCGGCUUUAAAACCCACGAAGGGUUUGUGGUGCAGCAGAUGUCCAAGUACAGACUCUUCCUCCUGAGGCAUGGCGAGGGCGCGUGGAACCGCGAGAACCGCUUUUGCAGCUGGGUGGACCAGAAGCUGAGCGAGGACGGCGUGAAGGAGGCCCGGGACUGUGGCAGGCUCCUGAAGGAGCUGGGCUACAAGUUUGACGUGGUCUUCACCUCCAUCCUCAGCCGCUCCAUCCAGACGGCCUGGCUGGUGCUGGAGGCCAUGGGCCAGGAGUGGGUCCCCGUGGUCAAGUCCUGGAGGCUCAACGAGCGCCACUACGGCGCCCUGAUAGGCCUGAACCGGGGGGAAAUGGCCCUCCAGCACGGCGAGGAGAAAGUGAAAUUGUGGAGGCGGGGCUAUGACAUUACCCCGCCCCCCAUAGAGGAGCAGCACCCGUACUUCCACGAAAUCUACAACGAUCGCAGAUACACCACGUGUGACGUGGAGAUGGAGAAGCUGCCCCGCGCCGAGAGCUUGAAGGAGGUGUUGCUCAGGCUGCUGCCCUACUGGGAAGGCACGGUGGUGCCAGAAAUACAGGAAGGAAGAACGGUGCUCAUUUCCGCUCAUGGAAACAGCUGCAGGGCCCUGCUCAAACACCUGGAAGGAAUAUCGGACGAGGACAUCGCCAGCGUGACUCUGCCCACGGGGAUUCCCGUCUUGCUGGAGCUGGACAAAGAUCUGAGGCCCGUGAAGGCUCGCCAGCUGCUGGGAGACCAGGACAAGAUCCAGGCUGCCAUUAAAAAGGUGGAGGAUCAGGGGAAAGCCAAGGCAAGCACUUGAAACGCACGCCAGACCUUCUGAAGCAUACUUGCCAACCCUCCCGAAUUUUCCGGGAGACUCCCGAAAUUCAGCGCCUCUCCCGAAAAACUCCCGGGACAAAUAUUCUCCCGAAAAUCUCCCGAUUUUCAGCCGGAGCUGGAAGCCACGCCCCCUCCAGCUUCAUGCGGACCUGAGUGAGGACAGCCU